GGCUGGUGCAGCUAGAGGGGGGAGGGGCUAGUCAUUUGGAGCUAGCUACAGUAUAGAUCUAGAAUGAUUGUCUCACUGCCUCUCCUCUGGGCUUGUGUGCUGUGUGUGCUGUGUGCAGCAAGUGAGCAGCUGAGUGAUGAGUGCCUCUCCUCUGUGGGAGGUCCCCCAGAGAGACCCCCUGCACAGAUACUGGAGCAGCUGACCCUGGGGGGUCUAGUACCAAUCCAGUACUACUAUGUAGACGACUCCAACAAAGGCAAAGGCACACACUACAAGUACUCGUAUGAAGAUAUCUCUGAGAUGAUUACGCAAGCCAAGACCUUUGUCUCUCGUGUGCUUGAUACACCCCCUCCCCCUCCACCACUCACACACCCUCACACCUCCACAUGGCUCACACAGCUCACAGACAUCUGGUUGGUCCAUGCUCUCCAUCGCUACAGAGUGGCUGGACUCAGUGUGUGUGUGUACGGGUCCACAUCUCCUUGGUAUGAGAGCCUCCUCCUGGCCAUGGGGGCAGCUUCUGUCACCACUAUAGAGUAUAAUCGUCUGUCCUAUGAUCACCCUGACAUCACCACACUGGUCGUGGGAGAGGGGCGUGGCAGCAGUAUGGGAGAGGGGGGUGGCUUGUGUGACAGAGCUCUGUCUCUCUCAAGCUUUGAUCAUGACGGACUUGGUCGCUAUGGUGACCCCAUCAAUCCAAUAGGAGACCUACUUGCCAUGGAAACAGUAAAGCAAGAUCUUCGGAGUGACGGCCUAUUAUUUUUAACAAUUCCAAUUGGACUAGAUGUGGUGGUUUGGAACCUCCAUCGGCGCUAUGGGAACCAUCGUCUCCCCCUCCUGUUAUCUGAUUGGACGGAGGUUGAGUGUGUCGGAUGGAGUGCUGAGUUGGCACAGAGCAACGUCUCCUACACAACUGUCUAUGAGCCAGUGUUUAUACUUACCCCUAAACUGAACACUGACCCAUUGUAACUGUAUAGAACAUAAUUUAUACGCCUUCAUUUGUUUGUUGUAUAUAUUAAAUAAUUAUAAUCAUUUUCAUAUUAACUUCAAA